CCCGGCCCCCACGCGAGGGUCUGCGGCCGCGCGGGACCCUCUCCCCUCCAGCCUCUUCUGCCCGUGGGAGCCGAGCCCUGCAGACUGUGGUUUCCAGGCUGGGGAAGCAUCCUGUGUGUACACACAGCUCUCUCUCCUGGGCCUGGUCAGUGCAGGAGCCCAGUCUCUGAGCCAUGCUGGGCCCCGGGCGGCCUACAGCGAGCCCAAGCCCGGCACCCACAUAGCCAUGAACAGCCACAGCCACGUCCACAGCCAUAAUGGCUGCGGGGGGCGGCCGCUGGGCAGUGGGCCGGGUGCCCUGGGCAGAGACCCUUCAGAGCCCGAGGCCGGCCACGCCCCCCAGCCCCCACAUGGCCCGAGCCUCCAGGUGGUGGUGGCCAAGGGCGAGCCAGCCCAGCCCUCACCUGGCAGUCCCCGGGGGCAGCACCAGGACCAGGAAGAUGAGGAAGACGAUGAAGAGGAUGAGGCAGGCAGGAGGAGGGACUCAGGGAAGACCCCGAACGUCGGCCACCGCCUGGGCCACCGGCGGGCACUCUUUGAGAAACGGAAACGCCUCAGCGACUACGCCCUCAUCUUCGGCAUGUUCGGCAUCGUUGUGAUGGUGACCGAGACGGAGCUGUCCUGGGGGGUCUACACCAAGGAGUCCCUGUACUCAUUUGCACUCAAAUGCCUCAUCAGCCUCUCUACGGUCAUCCUGCUGGGCCUGGUCGUCCUCUACCAUGCCCGGGAGAUCCAGCUGUUCAUGGUGGACAACGGGGCAGACGACUGGCGCAUCGCCAUGACGUGCGAGCGCGUCUUCCUCAUCUCUCUGGAGCUCGCCGUGUGCGCCAUCCACCCGGUGCCCGGCCACUACCGCUUCACGUGGACCGCGCGGCUGGCCUUCACGUACGCGCCGUCGGCGGCCGAGGCCGACGUGGACGUGCUGCUGUCCGUGCCCAUGUUCCUGCGCCUCUACCUGCUGGGCCGCGUGAUGCUGCUGCACAGCAAGAUAUUCACAGACGCUUCCAGCCGCAGCAUCGGCGCCCUCAACAAGAUCACCUUCAACACACGCUUCGUCAUGAAGACGCUCAUGACCAUCUGCCCGGGCACCGUGCUGCUCGUCUUCAGCAUCUCCUCCUGGAUCAUCGCCGCCUGGACCGUGCGAGUCUGUGAGAGGGAAAACAUGUACCACGACAAGCAGGAAGUGACCAGCAACUUUUUGGGGGCCAUGUGGCUCAUCUCCAUCACCUUCCUCUCCAUCGGCUAUGGUGACAUGGUGCCUCACACCUACUGCGGGAAGGGCGUGUGCCUGCUCACUGGCAUCAUGGGGGCUGGCUGCACAGCGCUCGUGGUGGCCGUUGUGGCCCGGAAACUGGAGCUCACCAAGGCAGAGAAACAUGUGCACAACUUCAUGAUGGACACUCAGCUCACCAAGCGGGUAAAAAAUGCCGCUGCUAACGUUCUCAGGGAGACGUGGCUCAUCUACAAACACACCAGGCUGGUGAAGAAGCCAGACCACGCCCGGGUUCGGAAACACCAGCGUAAGUUCCUCCAAGCCAUCCAUCAGUAAGUCCAGCACCUUUCCCGCUCACGUUUCUGUGUCCACCUGGUGCAGAGGCAGCUGUGGUCCUCGGGAGGAGGCUAUGGGCCAGGCCAGACAGCUCAGCAUGGCCUCGUCAUGGCCCCUCCCAUUCUGGGUGGUCAGUUGUCUGGGGCUUGCAGCCUCUGUGCUGGGUGGGAUGGUGGGAUGGUCAGAAGGAGGCAGGUGAUGGGCCCAGAACUUGUCUAGGGCAAUCACC